CACAGCCGCGGCGGGCGGGGCAACGCUGCAGGGGAGAUGGGCGCGGCCGCUCGGGCCUCUGUGAUUGGCUGAGGGCGGCCACGCAACGCAGCCCCGGGGGGCGGGUGGGGGCCGCGUGGGCAGGCGACGGCGCGCGACGAGGGUCUGGGGGUUGCAGACCCACACCAAAAUGGCCACCGCCCCCCUGGUCUUCAAUAUUGAUGCCCCGCGCUGGGACCAGAGCACUUUCAUGGGACGCCUGAAGCAUUUCCUCAACAUCACUGACCCGCGGACAGUGCUGGUGCCGGAGGAGGAGCUGGACCGAGCCAAGGCGCUGGUGGAAGGCUGCAGGGCCGGGUUGGUGCCGCCGGGAAACAGCCGGGAGCAGCUGCUCUACGCCAAGAAGCUGUACGACUCGGCCUUCCACCCUGACAGCGGCGAGAAGAUGAACCUCAUUGGGAGGAUGUCCUUCCAGGUGCCAGGGGGCAUGGCCCUCACCGGCUGCAUGCUCCAGUUCUACCGCACGGUGCCCGCUGUGGUUUUCUGGCAGUGGGUGAACCAGUCCUUCAACGCCAUCGUCAACUACACCAACCGCAAUGCUGCCUCCCCCAUCUCACUGAGGCAAAUCGGGGUGGCUUACAUCACAGCCACCAGUACAGCCCUGGCCACUGCAGUGGGACUCAACCUCUACACCAAGCGAGCACCCCCCUUGCUGGCCCGAUGGGUCCCUUUUGCAGCGGUGGCUGCUGCCAACUGUGUCAACAUCCCCAUGAUGCGGCAACAGGAGAUCAUCAAUGGGGUCACGGUGACAGAUGGGGACAAUAACGAGCUCGGUCGCUCCAGGAGGGCGGCAGCGAAAGGCAUUGCACAGGUUGUGUUCUCCAGGAUCACCAUGGCGGCACCAGGCAUGAUUAUUUUGCCCAUCAUCAUGGAGCAACUGGAGAAAUUCCCCUUCAUGCAGCGGAUCCGGGUUCUCCAUGGGCCUCUGCAGGUGCUGCUCUGCGGGGGCUUCCUCCUGUUCAUGGUGCCAGCAGCCUGCGCCCUGUUCCCACAGAGAUGCUCUCUUGCACUGGCUGACCUCGAGCUGGAGCUGCGUGACAGCAUCGUGGCCAAACAUGGGGACAAAGUGCCAUACGUCUAUUUUAACAAGGGACUGUGAACAGACUACCUCAGGAGCUCUCACACCCCUCCAGCCCCCUGCCACCACCAGCCCCACAUCCCCUGAGCAGGGCUCAGAGGCACAGUCCAGCCAGAUCUGCAUCCCAGCCCAGCACCAUCUCUGAUGCCUCCUUCCCCCAGAGAGGCAGGAUCUGGCUCUGCAUGCCCAGCUUGCAGCACUUUGGUUUCUUCUGAGCCUACCCCCAUCUGCUGCUGGCCAUGUCCCUGCCUCCCUACGUCCCUCUUGCCCUAGGCAAUGGUUGCACUUCUUGUGCCUUCCUCCUGCCCUGUGCAGGAGGAUCUGCCCAGCUUGUCUAAGCCUCAGCCCUGCUAGGCAUCAGGCUCUCUCCCUCAGGGCUCAGAGCACAGUCCUACCUCCGAAAGCGGUUGCUCUGCCAUUGCACCAGGGACCAAAGUACGUUGCUGCCUUAAACCACCACAGUGGCCUCUUACCAAGAGCUGAAUCACGCCUUGGCAGGUAGGAAGGGACCUGUCCCCUCUGCACAGGGGAGCACCCCAAAAUCCAGGGACCAAUACUUGGCCCGUGCCUUCCUUGCUCUCACGUUCAGAUUUUAUUCACUUUGUGAUUACCACAAUCCAGGAGAUAAACAGCUAAUUGUAUUAAGCUCUCAUUUUUGCAAUCUACCUACUCCUCUGAGCAUGAGAGUCAGCAGUCACCCUUGUCCUCCAUCUCAGUGUUUCCACAGUAGGACAAAGGACCUGCAGCUUUGGGGGACACUCGACUCUGGUCCCCCUUGGGCAGGGGGAAGGAGACACAAGAGUCACAAAGCUGUCAAGGCAGUAACUCCAGCUCUGAAUAGCAGCACUGCAAAUGAUAAAGAGGAGAGUUAAAAAAUAAAAUGCGGUGAUUUUUAAGAAA